UAACGAUGAAUACUCUGCAUCUGCAGAGACGCAUCACCGUAAAUACUGUACGGACAAUGCAGAAACCAGUUUGACCAUAAAUCAGCUUUGCUUAAACGCCCAAUCAGGAAAAGCUAAACCCGGAAGUAAUUUAUCCAGCUGUUGGUGUGUGUGAGAGAGAAACAUAGAGAGAGGAGAUGGUGGUUGUUUGUGGCUUUCUUUGGGAUGAAAAUAAUACACCGUAUAAAAAUGUAACCGACGACAUAAAUCCACGUCUGGUCUCGAACGAGGAACAUUGUGGUAUUUGGGCCUGGAUGAGGUUUUGUAGCCAACCAUGUUGCCCUGCUCCACCACAACACAGCAGACCAGAGGAGAGGAGUAGACAGACAGUAGAAUUCAAUGUCAUUGUGAAGAGGACACUGUGAGUGCAGGAUGCAGUCUUCAGGCCACCGGCAGCGCGACACAGAGCAGCACCAACCCCUGCUGUCAGCUGACAAUGACCCUGAGGCUGGGGCAGGUCCUCUGUGUCCUCCGGCUGACCAGGACGGCCUGUGGUUUAUCCAGGACGGCUGUGGUAUAGUCUGUGGUGUGGUGACCUGGUUGUUGGUCCUCUACGCUGACUUUGUGGUCAAUCUGGUGAUGCUGCUGCCAAACAAGAGCUUGUGGUACUCCGUGAUCAACGGAGCGCUGUUUAACUUCCUGGUCGUCAUGGCGCUGGCCUCGCAUCUACGGGCCAUGCUGUCAGACCCGGGGGCGGUUCCUAAGGGCAACGCCACCAAAGAGUACAUGGACAGUCUGCAGCUGAAACCUGGAGAGGUCAUCUAUAAAUGUCCCAAGUGUUGCAGCAUCAAGCCACAGAGGGCCCAUCACUGCAGUAUCUGUAAGCGCUGUAUCCGUAAGAUGGACCACCACUGUCCCUGGGUCAACAACUGUGUCGGGGAGAAGAACCAGCGCUUCUUUGUGCUCUUCACAAUGUACAUAGCUCUGAUCUCGGUCUACGCCCUCUGCCUCAGUUUCCUACAGUUCUACAGCUGUGUCAAUGACCAGUGGAAUGAAUGCACCGACUUCUCUCCGCCAGUGGCGGUGAUGCUGAUGAUCUUCCUCUGUCUGGAGGCCUUCCUCUUCCUCACCUUCACCGUGGUGAUGUUCGGAACGCAGAUACACUCCAUCUGCAACGACGAGACGGAGAUAGAGCGUCUGAAGAAUGAGAAGCCGAUGUGGGAGCGGCGUGUGCGCUGGGAGGGGAUGAAGGCCGUGUUCGGAGGCCCGCCCUCCAUCCUCUGGUUCAACCCAUUCACCGGCCUGCGUCUGCGGCGCCUACUGAUGACACGUACACGCCGUAGUGGUGUGGAGUUCUCUGUCUGAGGGCUGAGCAGCCAAACACAGCUCUUCCCCGUCUGAUACCCCCGGACCUCUCUGGACCGUCUGAUGGCCUCGGACCUCUCUGGACCGUCUGAUACCCCCGGACCUCUCUGGAACCCCCGGACCUCUCUGGACCGUCUGAUACCCCCGGACCUCUCUGGACCGUCUGAUACCCCCGGACCUCUCUGGACUGUCUGAUACCCCCGGACCUCUCUGGACCGUCUGAUAGCCCCGGACCUCUCUGGACCGUCUGAUACCCCCGAACCUCUCUGGACCGUCUGAUACCCCCGGACCUCUCUGGACCGUCUGAUACCCCCGGACCUCUCUGGACCAUUGAACACAUCAUGGGGGUUCUGGUGGUACCCCUGGACUGAUAGGAUGGGGGUGUGAUCUGUGACCUACGUAAUAUAGAACAGCUGUACCCCCCCAUGCACACUACAGGGGCUCCCCUGAAGUCCCUGACUCUCUGCCCUUAGAAAAAGUGCUUCCAGCAUGGCUGUCUCCACCCCACUGACAGGGAGACCUGUAUCUGGGUCUGUCCUCCACACAGAGAGACUAGGGCUUUAUCUGGAUCAGUCUGUCCACACAGAGAGACUAGGGCUUUAUCUGGGUCAUUCCUCCACACAGAGAGACUAGGGCUUUAUCUGGGUCAGUCUGUCAACACAGAGAGACUAGGGCUUUAUCUGGGUCAGUCUGUUCACACAGAGAGACUAGGGCUUUAUCUGGGUCAGUCUGUCCACACAGAGAGACUAGGGCUUUAUCUGGGUCAGUCUGUCCACACAGAGAGACUAGGGCUUUAUCUGGGUCAGUCUGUCCACACAGAGAGACUAGGGCUGAAUAUGUUUCUGGGUCUGGGUCAGUCCUCCACACAGAGAGACUAGGGCUAAAUAUAGGUCUGGGUCUGGGUCAGUCCUCCACACAGAGAGACUAGGGCUAAAUAUAGGUCUGGGUCUGGGUCAGUCCUCCACACAGAGAGACUGGGGCUUUAUCUGGGUCUGUUUCUGGGUCUGUUCUCCACACAGAGUGACUGGGGCUGAAUCUGGGUCUGUUUCUGGGUCUGUUCUCCACACAGAGAGACUGGGGCUGAAUCUCAAGCUGAACCCUUGGCCGCUAAUCCCUUUGUGUUUGAUAGUGAUCACUCAACUGCCACUGUUCUGGGACAGGGAGAGACCAGCCUGUCCUCCUCUGCUGUGAGCCCCAGCCAGUCAGCCAGCCAGUCAGCCAGCCAGCCAGUCAGCCAGCCAGCCAGUCAGCCAGCCAGCCAGUCUGCUUUUUUAAGGAGCUCCUCUUGUGUCUUUUUAAUGAAGAACCUGCAGUAUGGAACUGUCGAGGUGUCAGUCACAAUCAUUGGUCUGCUCUGAAGACACUGAGUUGUGAUUGGACGUUAAACAGGAUUUGUCUCGGACACCCAAUGGACAGACGGAACAGGAGUGAAAUUACGUUCUGAGUUAACUACACUCCAGGACUUGUCUAGGACACCCAAUGGACAGAUGGGAUAGGAGUGAAAUGACGUUCUGAGUUAACUACACUCCAGGACUUGAACACUUCAGACAUUGAGGACAAACAGGUGACAGGGAUGAAGACUGUGUUGAGCUCGUGUGGUUCUGUGACGCUUCUCAAGAAGCCUGAUCCUCCCUGCCUCUGGUCACAACCCAAGUGUCUUGACAUUAAACAUCCUGAUCCUCCCUGCCUCUGGUCACAACCCAAGUGUCCUGACAUUAAACAUCCUGGACAUAGACUCUACCCUACUGAACACAGACCAUCACUACUGACAUUAAACAUCCUGGACAUAGACUCUACCCUACUGAACACAGACCAUCACUACUGACAUUAAACAUCCUGGACAUAGACUCUACUCUACUGAACACAGACGUCAGUGCUUCCUCUGCCCUGAGCCUUGACGUACCCUAACCUCUGCCCUGAGCCUUUACGUACCCAACACCUGACCUUUGCCCCUGAUGCAGCAGACUGAACAACGGGUUGAACUGUGACCUGGACCAUGUUCCCCUGAUGCAGCAGACUGAACAACUGGUUGACCUGUGACCUGGACCAUGUUCAGGACCAUGUUCAGGACCAUGUUCAGGACCAUGUUCAGGACCAUGUUCAGUAGACUCAAAUGGGACAAACACAUUUAAAUGGGGGAGGUUCUACCAGAAUUGAGCAAAUCCGAAACGCUGAAAAAUGUAUUUUUGUUGAUUCUUUGUAUUUUGUCUCAUUGGUUGUUGUUCCUCCUUGUUUAGGAGCUGCUACAGUGUUUCCCAGACCCCGAGUCCUCCCCUUUACCAGUGUUUCCCAGACCCCAAGUCCCCCCCUUUACCAAUGUUUCCCAGACCCCAAGUCCUCCCCUUUACCAGUGUUUCCCAGACCCCAAGUCCCCCCAUUUACCAAUGUUUCCCAAGUCCCCCCCUUUACCAGUGUUUCCCAGACCCCAAGUCCCCCCCUUUACCAAUGUUUCCCAAGUCCCCCCCUUUACCAGUGUUUCCCAGACCCCAAGUCCCCCCUUUACCAAUGUUUCCCAAGUCCCCCCCUUUACCAAUGUUUCCCAGACCCCAAGUCCCCCCCUUUACCAGUGUUUCCCAGACCCCUGUCCUGUCCCCCCCUUUACCAGUGUUUCCCAGACCCCAAGUCCCCCCCUUACCAGUGUUUCCCAGACCCCUGACCUGUCCCCCCCUUUACCAAUGUUUCCCAAGUCUCCCCCUUUACCAAUGUUUCCCAGACCCCAAGUCCCCCCCUUUACCAGUGCUUCCCAAGUCCCCCCCUUUACCAAUGUUUCCCAAGUCCCCCCCUUUACCAAUGUUUCCCAGACCCCAAGUCCCCCCCUUUACCAGUGUUUCCCAGACCCCUGACCUGUCCCCCCCUUUACCAAUGUUUCCCAAGUCUCCCCCUUUACCAAUGUUUCCCAGACCCCAAGUCCCCCCCUUUACCAAUGUUUCCCAGACCCCAAGUCCCCCCCUUUACCAGUGUUUCCCAAGUCCCCCCCUUUACCAAUGUUUCCCAGACCCCAAGUCCUGUCCCCCCCCUUUACCAAUGUUUCCCAGACCCCAAGUCCUGUUCCCCCCUUUACCAGUGUUUCCCAGACCCCAAGUCCCCCCCCUUUACCAGUGUUUCCCAAGUCCCCCCCUUUACCAAUGUUUCCCAGACCCCUGUCCUGUCCCCCCCUUUACCAAUGCUUCCCAGACCCCAAGUCCUGUUCCCCCCUUUACCAAUGUUUCCCAGACCCCAAGUCCUGUUCCCCCCUUUACCAAUGUUUCCCAGACCCCAAGUCCUGUUCCCCCCUUUGCCAAUGUUUCCCAGACCCCAAGUCCUGUUCCCCCCUUUACCAAUGCUUCCCAGACCCCUGUCCUGUUCCCCCCUUUACCAAUGCUUCCCAGACCCCUGUCCUGUCCCCCCCUUUACCAAUGUUUCCCAGACCCCUGUCCUGUCCCCCCCUUUACCAAUGUUUCCCAGACCCCAAGUCCUGUCCCCCCUUUACCAAUGUUUCCCAUACCCCAAGUCCUGUUCCCCCCUUUACCAAUGUUUCCCAUACCCCAAGUCCUGUUCCCCCCUUUACCAGUGUUUCCCAAGUCCCCCCCUUUACCAAUGUUUCCCAGACCCCUGACCUGUCCCCCCCUUUACCAAUGUUUCCCAGACCCCUGACCUGUCCCCCCCUUUACCAAUGUUUCCCAGAUGCCAGUCCUGUCCCCCCCUUUACCAAUGUUUCCCAGACCCCAAGUCCUGUUCCCCCCUUUACCAAUGUUUCCCAGACCCCAAGUCCUGGUCCCUCCUUUACCAAUGUUCCCCAGACCCCAAGUCCUGGUCCCCCCUUUACCAAUGUUUCCCAGACCCCAAGUCCUGUUCCCCCCUUUACCAAUGUUUCCCAGACCCCAAGUCCUGUUCCCCCCUUUACCAAUGUUUCCCAGACCCCAAGUCCUGUUCCCCCCUUUACCAAUGUUUCCCAGACCCCAAGUCAUGUUCCCCCCUUUACCAAUGCUUCCCAGACCCCUGUCCUGUCCCCCCCUUUACCAAUGUUUCCCAGACGCCUGUCCUGUCCCCCCCUUUACCAAUGUUUCCCAGACCCCAAGUCCCCCCCUUUACCAAUGCUUCCCAUACUUGGAGCUUUGGGUUUGUCCCAACUGGCACCCUAUUCCCUAUAUAGUGCACUACUUUAGACCAGAGCCCUAGGAAGUGCAUUAUUUAGGGAAUAGGCAGCCAGUUGGAACACACAGCCUUUAAUACAAACUUCAUUGGUGAAGCAAUGGGUCUGUCAACCAACAGGAAGCUUGUAGUGACAGUCUUUAUAACAACUGAUGAAGGCUAAUUCAGUCCACCAUUUUGUUUCCCCUCAGCCCUCCUGACCUCCCUCAUGAUGAAGGCUAAUUCAGUCCACCAUUUUGUUCCCCCUCAGCCCUCCUGACCUCCCUCAUGAUGAAGGCUAAUUCAGUCCACCAUUUUGUUCCCCCUCAGCCCUCCUGACCUCCCUCAUGAUGAAGGCUAAUUCAGUCCACCAUUUUGUUCCCCCUCAGCCCUCCUGACCUCCCUCAUGAUGAAGGCUAAUUCAGUCCACCAUUUUGUUCCCCCUCAGCCCUCCUGACCUCCCUCAUGAUGAAGGCUAAUUCAGUCCACCAUUUUGUUCCCACUCAGCCUUCCUGACCUCCCUCAUGAUGAAGGCUAAUUCAGUCCACCAUUUUGUUCCCCCUCAGCCCUCCUGACCUCCCUCAUGAUGAAGGCUAAUUCAGUCCACCAUUUUGUUCCCCCUCAGCCCUCCUGACCUCAUCUCUCUGCUGAUUUAGUUGUCUUCACAACAGAGCCAUUGUGACACAGGGUAUUGAUGAUCCUCAACCACCCGUUUGUUUCAUGAGAUAUGCGUUACCCUAAUCAAUACAAUCCUCAAUCAUGCAAAUGUCCGCCAUUGAUUAAUGCUGUAUGUUUUAAACUGUAUCCAUUUGGUUUAUGAUUGUAGAUAUAAAUUGUUUUAAAAUAAAGAGCUUUAGUCUAUGAA